AUGGAGAAAAGAAAAGAUAGCGACAAAAAAUCAAAUACAGAGAAUCUAGAUCAACUGAAUGCCGAAUUUGAUCCUGAAUACACCAAAUCUUUUGUGAAUUAGGUGAAGAGAAUAAUACCGAUAGAUAAACUGAUAGGGUUGACGAAAAGUCUUAACCCACAGUCGAAGGAAUUCGUUCUCCAUGUAAAUAAAGAACAUGACUAUAGGCUAAAGUCAGAGAGGAGAGACAAGAUAUUCAGUGCAGUAAAAAUGGCUUUCACUUCAAAGAGCAAAACAAAUCUACCUAUUUAUGGAAUAAAAAAUAAAGAGUUAAGAGAAUUUGCAACAACUGAAAAAGAUAUAGAAAAAGGAAUUUCUAGAAUUCCACUACAAUUAGCGAGGAUUUAUGAGGAGGAUGUUAUUGAAGAAGAUGCUAGCGAUGCAUAGUUAAGUGAGCCUCUGGAAAUCAUGGAUAAUUAUACAAAGAAUUUGGAACACAGAAAUAGAGCUUAUAGCAAUAGAGGCUCUUAAUACGGCAAGACUGUGAAACCACUGUAGGAUGAGGGUUAGACUGAUGAUUGCCAGACUGUCUUCUAGAGACAAUCAGGAGAAGGAGAAAUAAAAUUUGAUGAUUUUAGAAUUCUGAGCAUUGUUGGCAAAGGCACAUUUGGAAAGGUAUAUCUAGUCUAACACACAGUAACUAAUAAAUUUUACGCUAUGAAGAGUAUCAGAAAGGAUAUUGUGAUCGAGCAUGACUCGCUUGAAAACCUUCAUUUGGAGAAACUGAUCUUGCUACAGGUAAGCACACUGUCUAUUAACUAUAAAAGGGGUGGAGAAUUGUUUAAACAUUUGUCUGAGUCAAAGCGAUUCACCGAGGACAGAACUAGAUUCUACGCUGCUUAAGUCGCAAUGGCUCUUGGAUAUCUACACAAAGCUAGAAUUAUCUAUCGCGAUAUGAAACCUGAGAAUAUUUUACUAAAUUAUGACGGCUAUAUCUUGCUAGCUGAUUUUGGCCUCGCCAAGAUAAACGAGAUCGAUGGUGAUGAGCCCAACAGUUUCUGCGGCACUCCUGAGUAUCUCUCUCCUGAAAUGAUUGUCGGUUCCGGACACGAUCACACAUUGGAUUGGUGGGCACUUGGAAUAUUGAUAUAUGAAAUGAUCAUCGGUAUACCACCAUUUUACAAUAAAAAUAAGCAUCAGAUGUAUUAUCUGAUUUAGCACGCCCCAAUCAGAUGGCCAGAUAAAGAAAAGCAUGGUAUCAGUGUGACAGAUGAAGCUAAAGACUUGAUAUCUAGGUUGUUGGAGAAGGAUAGGAAAAAGAGACUAGGGUAGAAGAAUGACGCUGAUGAGAUUCUUGGACAUCCGUUCUUUAAGGGAAUUGACCUUGAAAAACUAAUAAAAAAAGAAAUAGAGCCGCCUUUCAAGCCAAAACUCUAGUCUGAAUAUGACUUGAGUAACUUUGAUCAGAAAUAUGUGAAACUGGAUCUAACAGAAUCGAUGCUGCCAGAAGAGGGAAUCAAGAAGAUCAAUGCUAAAAAGGAUGCUUUCGAAAAGUUUGGAUUCGUAAUCACCCCUACUGGUAUUCCUUUCUCUCCUUCUAAUUAAAUUUAUAGGUGGAUUGUAGUUCAGCCUGCCAAUAAGAACCUUAAGGGCAGAUACCUUGAGAAAAUCGGAAUGUGGAUCCCCCGUAGAACUAAGACAGUUUAGAGAGCUGUAAUUCUCAAUCAAUUAAGAACCUAAUAUUGGCUUGCUAAUGGAGCCACUCCCACCUUAGGAGCUAAUAAGCUCUUGAAUAAAUUUAAUAUGGUUCCUAAGUACCCAGCUCCAUUUGGGAACAGAUCUAAACUCCCAAGACCUGAUAAAUAAAUGGCAAGAUAAUUUUAUAAGCACCCAGUGCCCAAAGCUCAGGUAGCGCAUUUCAAGGUUAAAGGAAUGAUCUAAGAGCAAAUGAACAUUCUGGAGAGAAAGAGAAGACUCUAACUUGAAGCUCAAGACAACCUUGGUAUGCCAACUGUAGAUGCUGCUAUUCCAGACUACGAUGGAGCUAAGACUACUGAUAUCGAAUCAGAAGAGGCAGAUAUUUUCCAAAGAAAGGAAAAAUUCGAUUAGCUAUUUAAGAGACUCGAAAAGCACAGAAAAGAGGCUGCGCAUAUGAGAGGAAACGAUCUCAGAUACAAUAUUUACUUGAGAAAGCUACAGAAGCUGACCAGAAAUGAUUUGGGGCUUGAUAUUGAGGCAUACAAAGACUAUGUCAACAAUCUAAAAUAAUUUGCGGGUGUCAACGAUGACUUUCAUUAUUACACAAAAGAAUCAUUGUUUUCUGGGGACAAAGGCAAGACCUUCUAUUUACUUGAAGUUGAAGGAGAGGAGCCAAUGUCUCAUGACUAAAUAAAAAUGAUGGUAGCUAAAUCUCUAGAGAUAAUGAACGUGAUUAGAAAACUUAAAAGAGAUACUGCCAGUUAUCUUGUUGAUAAAGACAGAUAAAUUAUUAAGGAAUUUAUAGUUAACAUGAGAGAAUAUAUGAGAAACAGAGACAUGUACCUUAUGUUAAAGGAUAUGUAUGAUAAUCAUAAGAAAGAGAUUGCAGAGAGAGGCAACAUGAAGGACCUAGAUUUUGAAAGAGUAAAUGAAGAGGUAGAUUUGGAGGCUGCUGGAGUCUCAAAGAAAGAAUACGAUCAGAUGAAAUUACUACUCUCAAUUGAUGAAAAAAUUUUCAAGCCAUGUGAGUAUGGGUCUUUUAGUCCUUACUCAAUGCUAGUCGAUGUUUCAAAGUAUCCAAAUCUUUCAAAGGAGGCUAAGGACAUUCUUUACAGACCACCCAAGGUUAAAAGUCUCUAUGAGAAGUACUGGGCUCUAGUUAAACAAGUGCAUGGUAGAGUGAAGGUAGAACAUGACUAUUAAAUUUUGAAGUCUCACAUGCCCAGAUAUCCAGCUAAACCAGCUGAAGAGAGACAGCUUCUAGAGUAAAUUUUCAUAAGAUUAGAGCAAUUGUGUGACGAGGAUCAAAGGCUUACUAUGGUAUAACUUGAGGAAUAUAUUCAAGAAGACUUAUAAAGAACUAAGGAUCUAGCUGAAGGUAAAACAAUCAAAGCCGUUCCAGAGUCUUCAUCUUCAUCUGAGUCUUCAUCUGAGUCUGAAGAGGAUAAUAAAACACAGAACUUAAAUGGUGUGGAGUAGUCUGAAGAAACAGAUACCGAUUCAGAAGAUGAUGUUGCUCUGUUGAGGAAGAAAAUCAGAGGAGACCUUUACUAUGAGGGAGCUGGUAUCGAAGCCAUGAAAAAGCACAAAGCUCUCACCAAGGAAGAGAGAGAAGCUCUCAAGAGAGGAGAUGAACUAGAUGACAUUGAUACUUCUGAUUUAGAAAAAGAUGAAUCCUCAGAUUUCUCAUCAGGGGAGUCAGAAGCCGAGCCUGAAGAUCUUUUCGAAUAGCAAAAUGAUUUUGCUUAAUUCUUGAUUGAAAACAGAAUUAACAUGGCUAGAGCUUUUUACGGUAAAGAUGGAGGCUUUACCGUUAGAAAACUCAAGAAAUUCUUCAAGCAAAGUAGAUGGGGAGCUCUUAGAUUUGAUGAAGAUGGAAAUAUCGUUAAUCUUAGCAGCUUCAAUGAUAUUUAACAAGAAAUCGAUGGUGAGCUAGAAAAGGAAUUGCUUGAGUCUGAGCUAGGAAAAGAAGAAGGAGAUCUUGCAGCUGAGGCAUUAGAGGAAUAAAAGGUUGAGUAUGAUGAAUAUGGAUAACCUAUUCCUAACAAGCCAGUGACUGCUGAUGGCAGAUUUACGGACUAUUCAGAUGAAUCUGAGGCUGAUGAAGAAUUAGCGAAGAAAAUUACAGAGGAGGACCUUGAGAAAUUCAUGGCAGCUGCUGAAGAAUUAGAAUACCAGAAUGACGAGGAAAGAGACAAGUUUAUUGAGAAGUAUUCUGCUCUCUUAAAGGAGAAGUAUGGUAGAGUAAGGCCCAAUUUGAGGCAUAAAAAGAAGGAGAUCAUAAAAGAUCCUUAUGAAAAAUUGUUAGAGUCAGAAUAAAGUUACAAGACUAUCGGUAAUGGUCCAGAUCUAAUUCUUUCCCACAAAGAAAUUUAGAGAUUGAAAGACGAAGUUAAUGCCGCAGCUUGCAGAUAUCCUCUUCCAUUCAGAAAGUAUGAAAACUUUGAGAACUACAGAUUUGUACACCCAGAGGCAACUAUCGAAGACUAUCAUAGCGAAAUGAACAGAGCUUGUGAGUAUGGAGAGUUUAAAGAAAUAGCUAUCUACACAUAUCUUUAGCAUGUUAACAGCAUGGAUUACAGAGCUAAAAACAGGCAAUUACCAAUGAAUCUUCCUCACCCAGAUAACGCCAUGACUAAUGAAUUUGUUAACACUGAGUUCUUCGAUCAACUUCUACUGACUCAGUACCAAAAAAGAGUUUCUAGUUUCUUACUUGCAAAGAAAUGGUACAAACUUAUCGAUGCAAUAGAGGAGGUUACAAAUCUAUGGAACUUCGGUGGUACUCCUUUCAAACAGAGAUUUGGAAACUAAUACGUGCCAGCUCGUACUACUAUAAUGAAGAGACCAGAUCUUGCUGAUAAGAGAAAUGAUGAAACCAGUUAUAGAUACGAUUUACACAGAAUUUCACCUCAUCAUUAUCUUAACACUCUUAAGGGAUAUAAUCUUAUGCCAAGUGCCACUAACUACCCAUUGCCAGUAUUGAAAAGAGGUGAUAUGUUUGUUAGAAACAGAAGGCUUUCUAAAACUAAAUACAACUUGAGCAAGCACGGUUUCUCUACUUUUAGCAGACAACCUUCGAAAGUCGAAGAAUAAGAAUAAGAAAUGCACUUUUAUCAACCUUAAUAAAACGAACCAAGUGGUGUUUCCUCAUCUUACUUAUCAAGCUUUAAGAAAACAGUUACUGGACUGUUUUAAAACCCAGGACUAUUAUUCGGCAAAAGAUAAUGA